AUGCCUGGUGAACUGGUCGCUUCUGACAUGUUUGGCCCGCUUCGCUCCCCUAGUAUCAAAGGAGCGAGGUACAUCAUUGCCUAUCGAGAUGUGGCGACGGGCUUUCUCUGGCUCGACCCUGUCUGUCGCAAGGACGAUCUGGCUGAGAGCUUUGCUCGCCUGAUUCGCGACUCGCCCAUCCCCAUUCGCAUUGAUGAAGCCGACAUGCAGAAGCGCACCAUCAUCCAGAGCGACAAUGACGGGCCCUACCACUCCUUGGCCUUUCGCGAACAGCUGCGCCACUUCAACUGUCUUUUUCUUUCUGAAAUCUUGGCGUGA